AUGAUUAAUUGCGGAGAAAACCAAUCCGUUAACUCGCAGUCGACCGAGACGGAAGUGAUGCAAAGAGUAUUUGCCGAAUUACGCACGGCAAGUUUCCACGUUCCUGAACGGACGCUGUUGCAGUUUAGUCGGUACGUCACCGGACCAUCCUCGAUUAGCUGCCGAUACCGGUCCUUGGAAAACGUCACCGGAGCAGUCGCGAUUAGCCGCCGACACCAGUCCGAGCCAAAUGUGACCGGACCAUCCGCGAUUAGCCACCUGCAGUCCACGCCAGCAAACGUCACCGUACUCUGCCUAGGACCAAAAUAUGCUGAAGCAGACGACACCUCAAGGACGGAACAGCCGCAGGCAGGGAGCAGCCGUAAGCCGUCUGAAUCCGAGUCGAUGGGCCUCGAUCUGGUCGACCUGCAGCCUGCUGCGCCUGUUUACUGGAAAAUUCCGCUGCCACCACACCGCACUGGUCCGUCAGUGUCCGUCGACUGUCCCCUUGUACUCAUCCCGGGCAACGUUAUCGAGGCUCCGGAAGUCCCGCCGCCAUCAGAUGACCGGACAAGACGAGGAGAGACCGUGCCAGAACUGCCAACCGUUCCCGCGGCGAGUUUUGGCCAGGCAGAACUGGAACCGGAUACCGGUGACAGCGACGCAAGCAUGGCGGUGGCAGCCAUGGACGACCCCGCGGCCAAAUCUAAAAAACGCACCACACUUUGGAGACGGACGAAGCGAAUCGUCCGUCGCAUGUUUUAUUGCGGCGUUUGA